AUGACAGUUGAUUAUCUACCACUCAUACCUGAUUCUGAUCUAGUCAAUAAAAUUGAUCAUUCAUUCAAUGUCCUUGAACAAUGUUUAACUAUAUAUACACCUAAUCAAAUAGCAGUUGCAUUCACCGGUGGUAAAGAUUGUACCGUUGUUUUACACCUGUUUUCAUUAGUAUUAAGUAAAAAGUUGUUACAUUCAAAUAAGAAACCAUUAUUUCGUGCUUUAUUUAUUCAUAAUAAACCACAAUUCGAUGAUGUUUUACAAUUUAUUGAUGAAAGUGUCAAACGUUAUGAAAUAGAUCUUAUUAAAAUUCAAGGUCGAAUGAACGACGCAUUAAAUCAACUGAAAUCUACUCAUCCUGAUACUCAAUGUAUCAUAAUGGGUACACGUCUAACUGAUCCAUAUUCAUCAAAUUUAAUGGAUUUUUCACC